GCUGCGCGCUUCUCCUCCGGGCGCCGUUGCAGUGCCGGUUGCGGAAGAGGCGAAGCUAAAGCAAAUCGGAGGCUCAGCCAUGAGCGGCUCCCAGUCGCUCCUGUGGGCUGUGGAUAUUUUUGGAAGAGUGUACACCUUAUCCACCACCGGCCAGUACUGGGAGCUGUGCAAGGAUGGAGAACUGGAAGUGAAGCGAGUUUCGGCCGUCAAACAAUGCUGUUGGGGGCUCGCUUGCGAUCAUCAGAUCUACGUUUACGUCCACUCCAGCGACGUCCCCAUCCGAUUCAAAGAGGAAACCUAUGAGAAUCAGCGCUGGAACCCGGUGGUGGGCUUUUGCAACAGUCUGCUGCCCAGCGACCGCUGGCCAUGGAGUGACGUGAGUGGGCUGAAGCACCAGCAGCUGGAAAGCUUUGCGCUGCCCUCUCCUCACUGGGAGUGGGAGUCUGACUGGUACGUGGAUGAAAAUUUUGGAGGGGAAGCCACAGAGAAAGGGGUAGGUGAACCGUAUGGGAUCCGCCGUCUCGGGGGAAAGCCGCGUUAA